AGUAAUUGUGAUUGGAAACAAAGAGUAUUUGGGUAACUAUGCCGACCGUAACCAACUACCUCACGCAGCUACCCCAACCAAAACGAUGCCGACGGAAUCCAGUUCGUACUUUUAUCGGUACCGAAACGCAGUCUUGUGUAUUCCGUGUUUCUCGAGGACUCUGAAUUUUGAUACGAAGAAAAACCCAAAACUACCUCUCUCUCUCUUCUCUCCAACAAACGCAGAAGACAGAUCGGCGUUUCAGAUCGUAGACGAACCGUACGUGCCUACAACUCUCUCUUCUGGUAUGACCAGUGAUUCUUUUUGAAGUGGCCAAGAAUACCUCAAGCGCAAAAUCUAGUUCUCUUAUAACAAUCCCUUCAACUUGGAACUCAUUUGAAUCACAACUAGCAGUUCAUACUUUCUUUUUCUUUUCCUUCGGGUGAGGUUUCAAGUGCUAGCUCCAUGGGUUCUGCAAACGGAUUAGCAAGUGUACAAGAGAAGCAACCUCUCUUUUCUUUUGGGGUUAUCUCUGACGUUCAGUAUGCUGAUAUUCCUGAUGGUCGCUCAUUUAUUGGGGUUCCUCGAUAUUAUCGGCAUAGUAUUCUUGUUUUGCAGAGGGCAGUCCAGAACUGGAACCACCAUCAGAAGCUUAAAUUCACGAUAAAUUUUGGCGACAUUGUUGAUGGGUUUUGCCCCAAGGACCAAUCUCUAGAUUCCGUGAAGAAAGUUAUUAAUGAAUUCAACAAAUUCAAUGGCCCUGUCUAUCACAUGAUUGGUAAUCACUGCCUCUACAAUCUUCCGCGCAGCAAAUUACUUCCCUUACUGAAGAUUCCAAGUGUUGAUGAUAAUGCCUAUUUUGAGUUUUCACCAACUCCAGAAUACAGAUUCGUUGUACUGGAUGGCUAUGAUAUCAGUGCCAUUGGCUGGCCUCAAGAUCAUCCAAAAACGUUAGAAGCGUUAAAUUUUCUCCGUGAAAAGAACCCAAAUUCUGAAAAGAACAGUCCGGCAGGACUAGUGGGCAUGGAGAGAAGGUUCCUAAUGUUCAAUGGAGGAGUUGGGAAAGAACAAUUGGAAUGGUUAGAUGGUGUGCUUCAGGAAGCAUCGAAGCUAAAUCAGAAAGUAGUGAUUUGUUGCCAUAUUCCUCUAGAUCCCGGUGCAUCGUCAAAAGAAGCACUUCUUUGGAAUUACAAUGAAGUAAUGGAUGUGAUACACAGAUAUGAUUGUGUAAAGGUUUGCAUAGCUGGACAUGAUCACAAAGGUGGGCACUCAAUUGACUCCCAUGGAGUGCACCACAGAGUCCUUGAAGCUGCCCUAGAAUGCCCUCCAGGCACAGAUGCAUUUGGGUAUGUGAAUGUUUAUGAUGACAGGUUAUCACUUGUUGGUACUGAUAGAAUGCAAAGCACUGACAUUUGUUUCAACCCUCAAGCAGACUGAUGAGAAAAUAACAGCAUUAAAGAACCCUGUUAGUCAUUUGUUAAUAAUGAUGUGUAGAGUAUAUUACCUCCAGAGAACCAUAUAUGUAGAUGCAUUUAAAGGGUUCAAGAUUUCACUGCAUUCCCAGUCAGCAAGUACUUGGUGCUCCAGUUCUUUCUUCUGCUGUAGCAUCUGCUUUCUGCUAGAUUUACUUCAAUUGUAAGAUCCUUUGUACUCGUAUGUGAUACUAGUGUUCUUAUCUCGAUCAA